UCCAGAAGGCCAAGUACUGAUACACCAUAAAUACCAUCAACUUAUCAACAGAAAAAUGAAGUGGUCGUUUACGUCCUUACUUUUUCAACUGGCGCUAGUGUGUGGAGAAUUUAAUAGUAACAGGAGAAGGCCGCUCUCAGAUUCCUCUCUGGCGUAACUGACGCAUGAUUGCAUAUGGCUACGCGGAGGAGGUUAAUCUACGGGGAAAACAACCUGUUGCAAUCGUGAAUCGUAGUAAAUUUGGCGCGAGAUGAUCCUGGAUCCACGCGGCGAACAACGAUAACUUACUCGUAGAUAUGCGCGCGAGGAGGGAUGCAGGGGACGAACACGCCUCAGCUAAGUAGCCACGAUUUUUGAGCGAUCUCGAUGAUGUAGCUAACCGUAUUCUGGAAGGCGACGCGUAACAGAUCCUUGUUGAGAUUUGAUCCUAGCUCGCGCGCGGGCAAAUAUGGCGCAAAUACAGACAUCGACGGUGGACGGACUGCCGAAACACUUCGUCAACGCGAUGCGCACGUUGUUCGAUAUAAUGGACGAUCAGAAUACCGGUUUCGUCAAGUUCGCCGACAUCGAGGGCCGGUGGCAAGACGAUGGCACGCAGGGUUUGCCCAAGGGCGUGCUGGAUAGCCUGAAGAAGGUCACGCCGCCGAAUGGAUUAUUAUCGUUUGAGAGAUUCUGCGCGGGUCUGAAGAUCUGUUUGCUGCAGAUACAGGCGGAGGCGGAUGCGAAGAAACAUGACAGUCAACCCAACAGGCCGCCGUCCGCGCCGAUACUCAUUCCCGACAGUCAGAACAAGACGACGUGGACGUCUCCCAACACUGCUACCAUAAGACCCAAUAAUGCUAUAUCCCAGCAACGUACUCUUAGUAUGCCACAGUUGCUGGCCAAUCGUAAGGAUAUGAAUGCACAGUUGGAGCUGAUGGACGGUAGGAAUAUUGGAGAACCGAAGAUCAACAAGGUAUAUGGUCCACCGAAACCACCACGAACUGGCGCUGCUCUGGAAAGUAGAAUAAUGGGCCUUGAACGUAACUUCGAUAAAUCUGAAAUCAGGACGGCAUUGCAAAAUUGGCAGAUGGGUCUCAUGAUGAGUGACGAGAAAGAGAAGCGUCAACUGCAACCUGUAAAUUAUAGGCCAGACGCUAGAACAUUGCUAAGACCAUCCAGAGUCCUUGGUGAUGGUAAAGCGGUUGAUAUACAGAGCAAUCAACUCGGUCUUCAACCUAAGAAACCUUCAAAUCGUCGCAGAGAGCCCAGGCGGCACACGUUGCAGAAUGGUAUUGAUUACAAUAUGAUGAAAAGAAUGAAGCAGAUUGAACAAGAGAAAGAUGUGUUACUUCAAGGUCUAGCUGCCGUUGAUAAAGCUAGAGAAUGGUACUUGAAGCAAAUAGCGGCUACUCAAGAAAAAAUUAAGCACCUCGGCCGAAUGGGUUCCCAUGUGGAACAGUGGACAGAGGCACAGCAAGAGCGCUUAGAAUUGCAACGAGCACGAGUUCUGGAAGUGAAUCGACAUUUAGCUGCCUUGAUAAGUAGUUGGGAACGCGGGGGACUUCCCCUUCACAUGAAUCUUGCAUUCCUAAGUGCUCCGAUCUCAGCUCAACUUCAACAGGAUAUGUUAUCGAGAUUGAAACAACAAAAUCACAGAUUAACGGAGGAAGUUAGCAAAAAGAGUCAACGAAUAGCAUUACUUGAGCAAGAAAAAGACAGCCUGGUUAGAGAAUUAUACAAUAGGCAAUCUGGUUUGAUCCAGUCCCGGAGAGCAACGAUGAUUCAUGAACAACACGAUCAAACAUUCAUGUAAGAAUAUAAAUAAUCCAGGCUUUAAAAAAUGUGCUACAAAUAGAAUCAGAUAAAUUAAAUUUUAAUUGAAGAAAAAAAACUGAUACGGAGAAGUGUCCCUAUUAGUGAUGCCAAUGCUGUACAAAUAUAUUGACGCCAGACGUGUCAGCCGUAAUGUUUUAAAGUAAUAAAUGAAUAAAAUUGUAUGUUCUAAAUAUCCAAGAAUGUUUAUAAUGCCAUGUAGAAUAUAUUUUAAAAAUAUGAACUAUUUAAUAUACUGUGUUAAAAUA